UCAGGUAUAUUUCCCCUUCCCUUCUGACCUUUUACCCAGGGAGGGGGGAGAUUGCAGCCCUGGUGGUCCGGUGGAGAAGCCCUGGUGGUCCGGUGGUGAGUUUACUCUCAUGAGAUCCGCUUCGACCUCUCGAGAAGAAGGACCAGGAGGAGCUGCUAGAUAGAGCUACCGGGUCCUCUCUCUCCUACCUCCCAGCUGCCCAGUAAAGUGCUUGUGGGACGGUGAGGCCCAUGAAGGCACACAGCAGGGCCGGCACUCGAAUAGCGCUGUCCCUGCAGGGGUUGGCAGGGGAGAUCCUGCGAUCUCCCAUGCCGGCCUCGGCCCAUGGCCAUCGCGGCCCACCGGGCAUUUGCACCCUUGUGAAACAAGAAGUCACGGUUUAAUAAAAUGUUUUUAAAUAUCAAUAGUAAUAUACUUCAAUUCUAUUUCUCAUAUGAAAUCAUAGGGGAGCCAAUAAUUGUGCCACAUGUAUGUUUAAAAAGUUUUUUAAAUAUAUAAAGUAUAUUGUAGCCGUAUUAGUCCAAUGACGCCGAUGUUAAAUAACAGCUCAAAUUUGUAUCUUGUAAUAUCUUUUUUUAGUGUAUUAGCAGAAUUUUGUAAUGACAAGCUUUCGGGAGAACCUCCCUUUCUUAAAUCUGAAGCAUUUCUGAGCAAAGACAACACAUUGAAUUCAAAGCUGAGUUGUGAUACAGAGGUUAAAUAUAGAUGGAUAGAUGGAUGUGGAAUAAAAGAAAUAGGGGUUGUAUGCACUGGAUGCAUCAAAAAUAAAACCUAAUAUAUCCAAGUUGCAACACUGAGCUGAGUUGAAGAUUUUUUUGUUUUUGUUUUCUUUCUCCAACUCAGCUAUUUUGACUGUAGUGUAUAAACUGCAUUGCUUUUAAUGGAUUACCCUUUGCCCCUUUAAAGUGACCUUUAGGUUCUGUUUGUAAUGUAUUGUGUCUACGUUUGUUCUCUAUCUUCAGUUUGAUCAGUUUAUUCAAAUAUGUGUUAUUAUGUUUUCUAAAAGAGACCUCCCAAAAUGCUGACUUGUAUGACUUGUUUUGGAUUUUUCUUUUUUUAAAUUUGUAUUAAUUUUUGUUUUGCUAUUUAGUAUUUCUGUGUAUAUUUAAUAUACUUUCUUUAAUAAAAAAAUAAUAAUAGUGGUCAAUUAAAUAGCUUCACUGACAUUUCUAAUAAACGUCUUUUUUGACAGUACUGUAUAUCAUAUUUUUUAACCAUGAGAAAUUUACCUAGUAACCUAUUACCUAGCCGUGUUUCCGAAGUCCAGAUUUGCAGUUCUCUUGUUUGCAUUCCAAGUAUUUUUUUGGCCCACAUUACUCCAUAUCAACAGGGCAGGUUGAUCUGAUAUUUUGUUUGUAAUCUCCUUCCAUAGAAGCAGGCUAACCUUGCAAAAAAUGAGUUUUCAGAAUACAUGUAUCAAACAAAACCAUUACUGAUAUUCUAAGUCCGCAACGUUAAGUUCCCAGCGGUUUGUUGUCAAGUUUUCGAAUACAUUGAUCAGAAGUCGCCUAUUUCCUGUUGCUUUCCUGCUAACCCUAUUUCUAAAUUAGGACUUUAAACCUUUACAGCCAUGCAAAUGCCCCGUGCCUGCUUACGUACCAAUUGUGGCAAAUGUACAGAUGCAGGUGUAAUUAUAGGGAUUUACCAAUUUGUUGAAAAGCAGAAAUGUAUGCAAAUUGGACAAACAUAUCAUUUUUUUUUUUACAAAUUGUUUUUUUUUUUCCUUUUCCAUUUUUAUUUCUUUUAACUAAGCCCCCAAUAUGCCUUUACCUUAAAAAUACAAUAAAGGGAGUGCAUCUGCAUCCUCAAUGCAGUGGUCUGUUAUUGAUGGUCAGAUCUAUUCACUGCAGUGAGAAUUCAAAGUGAAUUUUCCAAUUCUAGUAUUUUGAUCCCAGAUUUGAAAUUCACUCUGAAGUCUUUUUAUUUUUUGUAAAUAACACUCUAUGUGUGGCUGAGAGUGAUGAGGAUCUCGACAUUUGAUGAGAUGAGUACCCAUGAGUGGAUAGGGGUUAUUUAGCCUCUUUAUUUCACUCUGUAACGCUUCUUCAGUGUAGGUUUAGCGUGUUAAAUCUAUCACGUCUCUCUCCUGUAUGAUAUGAUACAUCUGAUGUGAUAAAAUGUGCAGAUUUCUUUAUGCCAUCUUACCUUUUGGGAAAGCAUUGGAUUGUCUGAGAUCAUCAUGUUUGAUUAACUCUCAGCCCAGGAGAUGGGGUGACCUCGGCAAGGGAGUAAUGUUAAGUGGAUCUUACCUUUUAAUACCCUUACUGCGGGGUCGGCCACUUAUAGGGAGAGUAAAACUAUAGUGUUAGGAAUAUAUGUUGGUAUCACUAAUGCUUUUUUGUAACUUUAAACGGCAUUCCAGGUUGGGGUACACCAGAUCAGUUCUGGAGAGAGGACUGGUUCUCCCCGUGUAGGUAAACCUCUCAAAAUCCAGGUGUCUAAAUGUGUUUAAACAGUCGACAAACCUAUUGGCAUGGGUAUGACUUCACAAUUUGGAGUUGCCAUGGUUUAAUCUAUGGCAAUUGGGUUUGUAAGGGCGCACACACAUAGCUUUGCCAUCAUCUCACUGGAUUGAAUCCCCAGACUUCAGGAACUGCCCUGCACUUGCGGUUCUCUGUUGGGCCUGGUCUUUUUAACAGCUGAAAAUGUUUUUCAGUUUUAGAAGGUAGAUCUUUUUUGCAAUGCUUCCAAAGUCUUUUUCUGGGGUGGAACUAAAGAGGCUGGCUUAUGGCUCAGCUUUGAGCAAAACAUUUAUUUAUUUUAGGCAAAAACUAUAAAGAUUUGAGCAUGCAAAAAACAAAACAUAUUAAUGACGGCAAAAACCUAUGAAAUGCGUUAAAGUUGCAUUGGUGCAGUGAGUGUCCUUUUAACACAAGAAAGUCCUAAAAUCAAAAAACAAACAAACAAAAAUAAACCUUCAGUAAAUGUAGGCUGCUAGAACCAGUAAAUGGUACUGAAUUCCUACUAAUCUCCCUAUAUAAUAUUUAAUAGAGAUGAUUGGCAUCUUCAGUAAGUUUGAGCACACCUUUAGAAAAGAGGUAUUGGAUCAAGCAACAGCCAAAUGCCAAAUCUGACAAACUGUCAGGGUCGAGGCUUGGAGGAUGAUAACAUGUGAAACUCUUGCUGUUGUUUAUAACAUGACUGUUAUAUCCCUACUAAUACUCAAUAAAUCUCUAAAGAGAUGGAAAUUGAUCUUGUGCCUCCUCCAAUGUCUCCCAAACUGGUGUCUGGGCUUGUUGUGCUAAUAUCAACAAGUUCCUACAUUUCAGGAUUUCUGUUUCUUCCUGGUUGUUUAGCUCAGUGGAGCUAAACUCAAGAGUCAGCAAUUGUCUUGAGCACCUGCCUUGCAAAGACUUGCCAUCGAGCUGCAUUGCCUGUGAUUAAACAGUCAUUAUUAUUAUUAUUAUUAUUGGUAUUUAUAUAGCGCCAACUAAUUCUGCAGCGCUUUACAAUAUUAUAAAAGGGGGAUUUUCCAUUAAAUGAGACAAUUACACAGUGACACAGGAACAAUAGGUAGAUGAGGGCCCUGCUUACAGUCUAGAGGAGGUGGGGUACAUAUACACAACAAGGCAGCAAGGGUGACAUUCAAGCCAUUGGAAGUUUGGGCUGCGGAAGAAGUGGAGUGCUAGCAAAGGCUGCAGACAAGAAAGCUUUUGCAAGCUGUUUUUAGAUAUAACCCCAAUUUAAAAAAAUAUAUAUAUUUUUAAAUGUAUACAUUUUUUCAUUGUGGCUAUAUAUACAAAACUUGCAAACAAAGAGAGGAGUGCAUACACUAAAAAGAAGGGGAAUACUUUUACAGACAGGGAGAACUAGUUCCCCAAAAUGUCCAAUGAACGUAAAUAGAAAAUGUCCAGGCACACCCCAGAUGGUUUCUUCUAAAAGACAGCCUUUAUUUGUAACCAAGAAAUAAAAACACUGUCUCAGUUUCUACAUGAAUGUUUGUUUGUAUAUAAUGUACUUAUUUUAUUUUUUAUGGGGGGAGAGGGUGGUUUAACAUCCCUUGGUGGAUUCUAGGGUGAUGCACAUCCCCUUUAUCUUCCUCCCAUGGCGGAAUAGCAUCUGCAACAAAUUGAGUUGCUUAUUAUUAAACAGGGAAAUGGCUUUCACGGUAUGCUGUUAGUGGUCCGAUGGGUCUUCCAUUCGAUGUCCAGCCACUUCUAGUCUGUUCCAAGACUGGAGCGGUCUAACAUUAAAUGAGCUGAUCCCGUAAGAACCUCGGAGGUGGCAGUAUCCAGAACCUGGAUUUUUGAGAGCUUAAGCACCUUACUUCAUUUAAUUUUUGCUCUUUUUCGCCUCUACAGCUUCAGUCUACAGCUGCCUCUGUUAGUCAGCUCUGUCCUGCGGGGAAUAUGCAUGAUGUAUGUUAUCUAGUGUGCCAAAAUCUUUGUGAACCGUUUACAAUUUAGUCUUUACAGCUGAGUAUGUAUAUACACCAAAAAAAGAAGGGGGUUGGGGGGGAUAAAUACAGCCCAAUCCCCACCAACAAGUGAAUUGAUAUAAAAUCACAUCCUAUAUUUAGGUACACAGCUCCCUCCCAGAAUAUCCCAGAAAGUAUCAAUUUAACAGAAAUGCAAGCAAAAAAUAGAGGAUACAGCUGUAGAUCUACAAAAUGAGAAAAGCAAUAAUAGCGUAAUACAGUUUAGAACACAGUUUAGUGCUCCUUCAAGAUUGCACUUACAGUGUGAAGACAUAAUAUAACGCCUUAGGGUAUCUCCCCUUCUAAUUCUCUGGGGGCAAAGAAAUUAUAAAAAAGAAUAUAUUGUAUGGUCCUACGCAUUUUGACCCAAACAAAUUGGACUUUCUUAAGGACCUUAAUCAAAUAAAAAUCAAACAUCAAAUUAUUAGGAUUAUUUUAUGCUGUUAUUUUAUAUUUGAUUUUUACAGCUGAGCACCUUAUGGUAAAGAAUAAUAAAACAAUUUACGUAAUGUUCCUGUUACUUGGAUUUUAUUUCGUAAAAAAUUUCUUCUUGAGCUUUCGAGAUGGUCUGAAUGUCUAAGGAUAGAAAGACUUAAAUGAAUCAUCUCUGACAGCUGAUGGUAAAUGACGGUUACAUCUCUUUAGCCGUUAAUGAUAACUGGAAGCUGCGCAUGUUCUGUAUUAGUUCAUGGCCAAUCAAAAUGAUAUUUUUCUUCACUAAUGUGAUUUCAUAUUAUAUUUGUGGAAAUGUUUUUGUUAUGGUAAACACUUGUGUCAAAUGUGUAUGUGUCUUCGCAUACGUAACAUCAUAGCAUUGCAAUAUAUAAAAAAAAAAAUGAAAUAUGUCCCUUUUAGAUUUUUAAAGGAGCACUAUAGCAUUAGGAAUGCAAAUCUGUAUUCUUAACACUAUAAUGCCCCUGUACAAAUUAAACACAACUCCCCCUCCCCCUCCUUACACACUCCAUUGGCGCUACUCACCUCUCCGCCACCCCCAAAAUCAUCGAGGAAGCAUGACCUCCUCCAUGACAGUCCAAUGUUACAUUACAGGGUUAAAAGAACAGGGCCACACCAUCUAAAACACCACGUCAUUGAAAUAAUUUGGUCUUGGUGACGUUAGUGUCCCCUUAGUUUUACAAAGCAGCAUUCCUUCUAUUAAGAUUUACCUGUCAUAAUAUCGUUUUAGAAAAUUUAAAACAUUUAUAUAAAUUCUCUUUAAACCCAAUCUGAAUGUUUUUUUUUUUUUUUUAUUAUACUUGUUACAAAUAUUUGUUGAUACAUUAGAAGAGGUUGAUGCAAAUUAACCUCCUGCUUAGUUUCAGAUCACCUUCUGAAGACUCAUCUAAUAACUUUCAGAAUUACGUUGAACGCAACUAGUAAACAGUUUUAAUUCAAAACAAGAUUCUAGACAGAAAAAAUGUGACCUCUUUCAUUAAGGAUAGGUAUAACGUAAUUCUUGUUCAGUGUGACCACAGCAAUAAUUAGUGUCCGCAAAACAUGUUGUUUUUUUCCCUAGCUUUUAACUUUUUUUUAAAGCACAGAUUAUUAGUUAUGGAGAUUUGAAAUGGAUGAGGAAGCUUUUUACAUAACAUAAUUGGUACUUUGUUAUAAAACCUCACUUUGAUUCCUUAUACAAAAAUCCAAUUUGUAAGUUUUUAUCAGGAUAAACUUAUUUUACACAAUGAGAUGAAACAGAAAUCUAUGGAGGAAAAAUGCAAUAGUAUAAUUAACUUUUUAUAAAGUAAAUUGUUAGAAGUACUGAGAAACCUAUUGCGUAGGCACACUUGCUGUAAAUUUGGUCUUAGAGAGAGAUAGGAUUAACCAUUUAAAUGGUUACUGCAAGCAUCAUAACUACUACAGCCCACUGUAUUUGUAAUGAUGUGCGGAGUACCCAGGGCCACACACCAGUAAACCGUUUUGACCUAUUGCUUGUGUCCCCGCCAUGCCUUCUUAUUGCUCUGACGCACAUCUGCCUUCUACAGAGCUGCAUAAGUUGGAUGCUGAGACUGUCACCAUUCUUUUCCUGAAAGCCAAUGAAUGCAUUUCUGUGCAUAGAAAUAUGCCCAGAAUUGACAUUAGUCAGCCCGGAAAUUCCAAUUCCAAACUUGCUGAUGACGGUGGAGUUACAACAGAGGGGUUAAACUCCAUAUGAAACUCUUCUUUGAAAUGCUAAAUUCUGCAUUGAAGCGCUAUUCAUACAGACUCCAGGGCAAGCACCAUGAUCACUUCAAGUCACUAAAGUGGUCAUGGUGUUUUGAGUAAUUACUUAAAUUACUGAUUUGUCCUAGUGUAACCCCCAGGUAUGUGCUUCCAUACAUCCCAACAAUGGAAGGCAUGGAAUCUGGAAGGGGUGGGCAGAGCCAUUAGGAGGCAUCACCAAUUGGGCAACUUGCGUCACUGGUGAAAACCAUAAUGGGCAGGCUUGCACAGAAAAGGGUCGGGUCCACUCACUGACAGCCUCCCAUCUGGAGGCUACUGACCCACUCCCUGCAUUGUCCUAGUGCCCACUGCACAGCGCAAGCACAUCUAAUGAGGCAUUCACACUAUGCUGCCCGGGGACAUUUCCCUGAUGUCCCCAUAUGCAAGAAACCAGGGAAGUGAAGUGGGCCAGGACCUCAAAAUCAGGAUUGUACCGCCUAAAGCAGGACUGCUUGGUCGACUAUGCUUUUGUAAUUCAAUCUGGUUAGUUAUUGUGAAAUUCCCAUUUAAAGUAAAUCUGUCACUUUUUUCUUUUGGUUUUCCUUUCCAUACGCUUCCUGUAUUUAGCCGAGUAUACCCCCUCCUUUGUCACUUGCCUUAAUUAAUGUUUUCCUUGAUACCUGUGUGCAGCCAUUUAGUUCUCCUCUGCCACUGAUGUCUGCUGUUUGCCCUUGUGUGGGAUGAUUUUACUGACGGAUAAAUUUAAUUGGUAACUGAAACAGAAUCUUGCUUACGCUCUCCCCAUUGUCAAUUUUUGUCAACUUAUACAUAAGGAAAAGUAAUCGCUAAUCAGGGAGCUAUAUGAAGUAGUUUAGAUGAAGUUUAUUUUGGUGGCAGAUCCACUUAAUGAGGUGGUUCCAAUCUAGUGUUCUUUGUAGACCCCUUGAGUUGCUUUGUGUCUUUAUUUAUUUUAAUUUUAUUUUUUACAAACUGUGCAGAUUUCAAUAGAAAUUGGUGCUUUUAUAAAUUAACCUUUUUACACCCCGUGGCUGUCAAUCACAAAAGUUGCAUCACUCCCAACAAUUAUGACAAGGGCAUCAGAAUGAUAAACUGUAACUGUACAAGAUGUUUAGGAUUAGAAUAAAUGAAUUGCCACCUGUCUAAACAUAUAUUUUGCCCGUGUUUGGUAAUAGUCUAUAGGUGUUUAUACUCUUUAUCUUUUCUAUCCUUAUUUAUCACGUUGUAGACUCUGAAGUUCACCUGAACAGUGUUCGAUCACCAUGUAGUCCUAUUCACCAAAAAAAUGUUAAAUAUUAAAAUACUUCUUAAAUAGCACAGACUUCCUCUACUGCUUUGAUCAUUUUUAAGCCAAGGUCGAAGGAAGUACCAUUGAACGUUUUUGUAUAUAAUGGAUUUACUGAAAACCAUUUCAUCUUUACAUUUGUUAUGUUAUACUAAAUAUUGUUCAGUUUUUUGUUUAAGAAAUGUUAAUAAUUCACUUACUCUUUUUCCAAUGUCCUCAUUCACUGGUUGCAAUUUGCCCUUGGCUUGUUUUGUGUUGUUUCUUUAAAGGAAUACUCCAAAUACCUAAAUCACUUUAACUUGCUGAAUUGCUUUGUGUGAAGGUGUCCUUUUUAAAAAAAAAUUAUUUAAUAAAAAGUUCAGAUUUCAAUAGAACUUUGCACUUUUAUAUAUUAACCUUGUUACACUUACCUGGCUGUCACGGAAUUGCCCAGAGCACCUGCCUUGCAAAUGCAGGUGUCAUUGAGCUGCAUUGGGAAGUCUGUGAUUGGACAGCCACAAAAAGUCUGGGAGGGGUUAGAAGGGGAGGGCUUGCAAAGGCUUCAGAUCUGCAUCUUUUGCAAGCUGUUUUUAGAUAUACUACCAAUGGGAAAAUGUAGCAAUAAAUGCAUACAUGUCUUCAUUGGGGGUAUAAUAACUAAAUCGUUAAAAUGUAUAUUGUUUUUUUUUUUCUAGUGGAGUAUUUCUUUAACAUUUUAUAACUUAAGGCAAGAAAGUUUUCACCGUGGAGAAUGGUAAAUGAAAUGUGUGCCAAAUAAAUUACAAUAUAAUGUAAACUUCAUGGCAGUAGUGUGGAAUGUUUCAUUAAAAUGUUUCAUUACUGUCUGUUUACUCUCUUGUGUAACAUCUUUUUACUCAUAGUCUAUUAAGACAUCUUUUAAGACAUUUGCAUGAAUAUGUUGAUAUGGAUUAUGUUGGAAGAUGUGGGCUAUAAUUCGAGAUUUGAUGCUAUUAGUUUAAAAGAAAAAAAUUAGACCAUCUGAUUGAAUGAAAUAUUUAAAUAGUAGAAUGAUGUUGGUUUCAGGUAGAAUUUUCUAAGGGUUCAAGUAGAAUUUUCACCGCUCAUCAAACUAUAGCACUCAACUAUCCAGACAUUAAAACACUUUUACCCUUUUAUAUUGGAGAUCUCGGUUCCUUUGUAGUCCAGUUUAUUUUACAAUGCUUUACUUGGCUUACCUGGGCAAUAGUUGUGUUUGUGAUAAAUUAACAGUAAGCUUGGCCUACUCUAGGAAUGCUAGAACUUGGCAUAGAAAUGUACAAUAAACAUAGUAGCUUUAUUCUUGUUUAAUCAAAUGCCGUGAUAGCUCAUAAUGAGAAGCUAAGACAAACAUAGGAACCGGUUGAAUAUGAACAGAUAUUGUUGUGUCCCCCUGAUAAACAAACCUUCUUCUGUACCUGGUUGCUCAGCUAGCGAGGCCACCAUUUUCUAUUAAAGGGACACUACAUUGCCCAUCCCCCUCCUCCCCCCCAAAAAAAUUAAUUUUGUAGAUAUACCCUCAGUGGGAACAUGCAUGCAUUUAAUCAUGCUUAUUUAUGUGGGGUAUAUCUAAAACGAGCUAUCAGAAGCUGCCGAUCUCUUGUCUGCUGUCUUUGCAGGCAACCUUCUAACUCCACUCAGACUUUCUGUUACUGUCCAAUCACAAACUUCCUAAUGCAGCUCAAUGAGAAGUCUUUGCAAAGCAGGUGCUCUGAGCAAUUAUUGCCUAUUGUAUUUAGCUCCACUGAACUAACCAAGCCAGGAAGUAACAGGACCGGUUGUCUGUUUGACAGCCAGGGUAGUGUAACAAGGUUUAUCUAUGAAAGUGGCAAUAUCGAAAUCUGUACUUUUUGUGAAAUGAUAACUUGCUGAAGUGCUCCAGGUGUGUGGAGUGGUCCUUUAAGGUGGGCCAUCUCUUUUUGAGGAGCAUGUGUUCUUGUUACGAUUAGUCAUGCAUUUGGAUUGGAAGAAAGAAGAUUUUGUCUAAGGCAAAGAAAAGUUUUUUUUUUUUUUUGUAAGAACAAUAAGGAUGUGGAAUUCUCUACCUGAAGAAGUGGUUUUAUCAGAGUCCAUACAGAUGUUCAAACAGCACUAGAUGCAUACUUGCAAAAACAGAAUAUUCAAGGAUAUAAUUUUUCAAUGUAGGGUAAUAGCUGCUUGAUCCAUGGAUUAAUCUGACUGCCAUUCUGGGUUCAAGAAGAAUUUUUUUUUCCUAGUUUGUUGCAAGUGCUUCAAACGGGGUUUUUAUGCCUUCUUUUGGAUAAACCGCAAAAAACAAAUGUGAGGAAGGCUGAACUUGAUGGACUCGAGUCUCUAUGUAACUAUGUAGUCUGUUUCAUAAUUUGGCCUAUCUUUUAGAUGUUUUAUAAAGACCAGUAUGGUAUAUUGACUAAUUGACUAUCCUGGUGUCUACAAUGAUAUAAUAUUGGUAAUUUGGUAAUAGUUGUUCAUUAAUCAUUAAGACUGGAAUUAUCACACAUGGGAAUUCUCCGAGACCUGUCCCAGCUAUAUAUAGCGUUUAAAGAGCUUAUUAAUGUGCUCUACUAUUUUCUUUCCAGAAAGCCAUUUAAUAAUCCCAAAAGACUAUUAUUUUCAUCUAGCAAAUUUACAGUAAAUGUAGCGGUUUUUCCUGAAACUUUUUCAUUACUGCUGACCAGUCACCAAAUCCCGUUGCCCCCAACAAAACACGAGACCAGAAUUAUGGGUAAAGGCAACGGCUUUAGCUUUAUUAACUUUUUUCAACUUUUAACAGACCAGCAUUCCAUCAAACUGUCAGCUGUUGGGUGACUUCUCCCCAACAGAUAGAUCCCGCUUCCUUGUCCAGAGUUCAUAUCAGCCUGCCUACCGCCAUCAGCCCUCGGCAGGCUCCAACUCCCCAAGCCAACUCCUCAUUUUACUUCACUUUCCAUUGCGCCGGAGCUAUGACCACUAGAAAUAACAGAACCACAAACACACACCAGAAACAAGCCAACCAUCCAAAAAAAGAAACUCUGGGAGGGUGGGAGGGAAAGAUUCAGGGUCCCUUACUCUCGUUCUGGGCGACUGGUAAGUCCCCUCUUUUGUGUCUCCUUUUUAUUCCCGUCAAACUUUCCAACAUUGUUUUAACUUUAGCCAACCUCUUACUUCUGGGCAGCAGUCGUGUCUUCCCUUCCUUGAAGUCCAGUGAAAUACUGUCAGGGACCAGGAACCAGACAGAGACAGAACUAGAUGCAAACACACCUUUAUUAAUAAAUAACAAAUAAAUAACAAAAGCAAAGUCCAGGAAUCAAGCAGGGGUCAGUCACCAGAGCGGGUAGUCAGACAAGCCAGGAUCAGGAGCACGGAGAGCAGCGGAGUCAGGAACAAGGCCGGAGUCAGGAACCAGGAGCAAACAGGAAACACAGGAACAAGGAGACUUCUGGGGAACAGGAAACCACGCAAGGGCAAGGAGGUUCUGGGAUUUGCUGCUUAAAUAGGCAGCACUGAUUAGCAGCAGGGUUGAUUACUACUCUCAGGUGAGUAACCGUGGCAACAUGCAAAAGGAGCUGAUAGUAAUUGCAGCUGAAAACUCUUUCACUGACACAGAAAGGGUUGCUGUUUAAAACAGCAAAGAAACCCUGACAGUACCUCCCCCUCAACGACUCCCCCCAUCUCUGCUGGUGGGUCCGGGCUUCAUGGGGAAGCGGGCAUGAAAGGAACGAAGGAGGGAUGGUGCAUGGACAUCAGAGGCUGGAACCCAGGAGCGUUCCUCUGGACCGUAUCCUUUCCAGUGCACCAAGUAUUGGAUCUGUCCUCUGAAGACUCGUGAGUCAAUGAUGCUGCGUAUUUCAUAUUCCUCAUGAUUGUCAACCAGAACAGGACGUGGACGUGGCACUGAGGUGGUGUAGCGAUUACAAACCAACGGUUUCAAGAGGGAAACAUGGAAAACAUUUGAAAUGCGCAUGUUAGCAGGGAGGUCAAGUGCGUAAGCUACAGGGUUAACCCUUCGAAGAAUACGAAAUGGCCCAACGUAUCGGGGUGCCAGUUUUUGUGAGGGAACACGGAGGCAUAGGUUGCGAGAAGACAGCCAGACCCUCUCUCCGACCUGAUAGGUAGGAGCAGGAAGGCGUCUGCGGUCGGCCUGGAGUUUGUAUUUCUGCAUUGCGCGUUGCAAAGAGUUCUGAACCUGCACCCAAGUGGAACGGAGUUCCCUGAGAUGUUCCUCCAAUGCCGGUAUCCCCUGUGGCAAAAACAUAUCAGGCAACAUGGACGGUUGAAACCCAUAGUUCGCCAAGAAUGGGGAUAGCCGGGAAGAGGCAUUAAUCGCACUAUUGUGGGCAAACUCCGCCCAGGGUAGCAGAUCAGACCAGUUGUUCUGGUGGUCAGAAAUGUAGCAACGCAGAAACUGUUCCAGUGUUUGGUUAGCUCGUUCUGCUGCACCAUUGGAUUGCGGGUGGUAGGCCGAGGAGAAGGAAAGCUGAAUUCCCAUUUGUGUACAAAAGGCUCUCCAAAAUCUGGACACGAACUGGCUACCCCUAUCUGAGACUAUCACUUUAGGUAACCCAUGCAAACGAAAGACCUCCCGAGCAAAAAUUGUUGCAAGUUCCUGGGAAGUAGGUAGUUUUUUCAAGGGAAUGCAAUGUGACAUCUUCGAGAAUCGGUCAACAACCAUGAGAACGACUGUAUUGCCAUGGGAGACCGGAAGAUCUACGAUAAAAUCCAUGGACAAGUGGGUCCAGGGUCGUUCACCAUUAGGUAUUGUUUGCAGGAGACCCACUGGAGGGCGUCGUGGGGUUUUAUUUUGAGCGCACACAGGACAGGCAGCUACAAAAGCGGUGACAUCCGAACGGAGACUAGGCCACCAAAAUUGCCGGGAGACGGACCAAAUUAACUGGUUUUUGCCUGGAUGUCCAGCUGCUUUGGAGUCGUGGUAUGUACUUAAUAGUUUAGUACGGAGGUUAAUCGGUACAAAACAAUGGCCAUUAGGUUUCUCUGGAGGAGCAUUAAUUUGUGCAGCCAGAAUCUCCUCGCCUAGGGGUGAUGUGAGGCUAGUGCGGAUGGUUGCCAGUAUAUGGUCCGGAGGAAUCACAGGAGUAGGGGUUAUCUCCUCUCUGGAUGGAGGGGAGAACUGUCGAGACAAGGCAUCAGCCCGAAUGUUUUUAGUACCGGCAAGUAAGAAACCACAUAGUUGAAUCUUGAUAGGAAAAGAGCCCAUCUAGCUUGCCGGGGGGAAAGCCGCUUAGCCUCGGAAAGAUAUGUAAGAUUCUUGUGGUCUGUGAGGAUGAGGAUUGGCACUGAAGUACCUUCAAGAAGGUGCCUCCAUUCUUUGAGAGCUAAAAUUAUGGCUAGAAGUUCUCUAUCACCAAUCUGGUAAUUGCAUUCCGCCGGGUUCAAUUUCCUCGAGAAAUACCCGCACGGAUGCCUGGAGCUCUCAGGGUUAGGACGUUGAGACAGGAGGGCGCCUACUCCUGUCUCAGACGCAUCGACUUCCAGAAUGAAUGGUAAGGCAGGGUUAGGGUGUGCCAGUAUAGGAGCAGCAGCAAAGGCGACUUUGAGAGACUCAAAGGCAGUAAUGGCUUCCUGUGACCAAUGCUGUGGAUCAGCAUCUCUCCUGGUCAUGUCCGUGAGAGGUUUAACCAAGGAAGAAAAGUUGCGUAUGAACUUCCGAUAAUAAUUGGCGAAGCCCAGAAAACGUUGUAUAGAGCGAAGACCCGUAGGUCGAGGCCAUUUUAGUACAGCCGAAAGUUUCUCUGGAUCCAUAGAGAAUCCAGCAUCUGAGAUAACAUAUCCCAAGAAUGUGACCUGUUUGCAGUUAAACUCACAUUUCUCCAAUUUGCAGAACAGAUUAUUUUCUCUAAGUCUCUGUAGAACACGAGAAACGUCUGCGUGAUGGUUCUCGAGAGAUGUGGAAUGGAUAAGAAUAUCAUCAAGAUAAACCACCACACAUUGCUGCAGCAUAUCUCGCAGGACGUCGUUUAUAAAUUCUUGGAAAACCGCCGGAGCAUUGCAAAGACCAAAGGGCAUUACUAGGUAUUCGUAAUGGCCGCUCCUGGUGUUAAAUGCGGUUUUCCAUUCGUGGUCCUUUUUUAUCCGGACGAGAUUAUAUGCCCCUCUCAGAUCAAGUUUAGUGAAGACCGUUGCUCCCUUGAGGCGGUCAAAUAACUCCGUGAUCAAUGGAAUGGGGUAGGCAUUCUUAAUAGUAAUGCGAUUGAGACCCCUAUAGUCGAUACAGGGUCUCAACUCGCCAUCUUUUUUUUUCACAAAGAAAAAGCCGGCCCCGGCAGGAGAAGAUGACUUCCGAAUAAAUCCCUUAGCAAGUGCAUCGGUAACAUACUCCUCCAUGGCUCGAUUCUCUGCUACAGACAGUGGAUAAAUCCGGCCACGGGGAGGAAUGGCACCAGGUUGGAGUUCGAUACCACAGUCAUACGGACGGUGCGGUGGCAGAACGCUGGCUUGACCUUUAUCAAAUACAUCUUGGAAUUCUUGGUACUCAGCGGGUAAGGAAGAGGCAGAACAUGUGCCCAAAACUUUGACCGGUUUCUGGAGACAGGAAAAUGUGCAUUGCUGGGACCAUGAUAAUAUCUCAGCUUUGCGCCAAUCAAUUAUGGGGUUAUGCUUCUGUAACCAAGGGUAUCCCAAAACAACCUGGUAAUAUGGAGAGGAAAUGACCUGGAAUUGGAUCGUCUCAUGAUGUAGAGCCCCUACAGCCAGAGAUAUGGGCACGGUUUCUUGGGUCACGUGGGUUGGCUGUAUUGGUCUGCCAUCGAUGGCUUCGAAGGCUAGUGGAAAGUCGCGAGGCUGUAAGGGUAUAGAGUGCUUUGAUGCAAAUGCACAAUCUAUAAACAAGCCUGCGGCCCCAGAAUCAAGAAAUGCCCGGGUUUUAAUGGAUGAAUCAGGCCAGGAGAGGAUAAUAGGCACCAAGGGUUUGCCCACAUAUAUCUUUGGGUCUGCAGAAAGACCACCUAAGAUCUGCCCCUGACAGUAUCUUGGGUGCGGGCCCUUUGCCGGACGAAUCGGGCAAAACUUUAACAUGUGACCGUGGUGUCCGCAGUAUAGGCACAGGCCCUCCCUCCUCCUAAAGGCUCUCUCCUCAACCGAGAGGCGUGAGAAGCCUAACCGCCUUGGCUCCACACAGACAGAGGACUCAGGACCAGGAGGCAUGGGAGGUGAGGGAGGUUUGGGUGGGCAAGAAAAGCUCGGUGCCAAAUAUACAGGAGGCCUCCGCAGGCGCUCCCUGGAUGAGGAUCUCUCUCGGAGUCUGAUGUCAAUGAGGGUGACAACUGAUAUCAGUUCCUCGAGAUCUUUAGGUAAUUCUCUGGCUGCAAUCUCAUUUUUAAACACAUCGGAGAGGCCCUGUGCAAAGGCAGCCACGAGAGUCUCGUUGUUCCAGCCACCCUCUGCUGCCAUGGUACGGAAUUCACUGGCAUACUCGACAAUAGUUUUUGUGCCCUGAGCAUUAGACAAGAGUAGUUCGGCAGUAGGGGUGGAGCGAGCUGGAAUAUCAAAAACCCUUUUAAAGGACGCAACAAAUUCAGGGUAAUUGUAAAUAAUAGGCUUCUCUGCCUCCCAGAGAGGUUUUGCCCAAGCUAGGGCCUUUUCAGACAGCAAGGAAAUCAUGAAGUGAACUUUGUCACUGUCUGUAGGAAAUGCCUGGGGCAGGAUUUCAAGGUAUCCUUUAACCUGAUUUAUAAAUUCUUUGCACUGAGCUGGGUUGCCCCCAAAACACUGAGGGAGCGGGACAGACCCAGUCAUUCCUCUAGCCGCUACAGGUUUGGGGGCUACAACCGGUGCUAGAACAGGAAGUGAGGCAGAGACGGCCGCAAUCGCAGGCUGGCCGGGUACUGGAUCCAGAUGGGCAUACUGGUCCAAAUAGUGGUUCUGCUGGUCCCACCGGGUAAGUAGGUUAGGUAUAGGUGUCUUGCCUGUACCAUCUGUAUUCAUGGCCCUUGCGUAAUGUCAGGGACCAGGAACCAGACAGAGACAGAACUAGAUGCAAACACACCUUUAUUAAUAAAUAACAAAUAAAUAACAAAAGCAAAGUCCAGGAAUCAAGCAGGGGUCAGUCACCAGAGCGGGUAGUCAGACAAGCCAGGAUCAGGAGCACGGAGAGCAGCGGAGUCAGGAACAAGGCCGGAGUCAGGAACCAGGAGCAAACAGGAAACACAGGAACAAGGAGACUUCUGGGGAACAGGAAACCACGCAAGGGCAAGGAGGUUCUGGGAUUUGCUGCUUAAAUAGGCAGCACUGAUUAGCAGCAGGGUUGAUUACUACUCUCAGGUGAGUAACCGUGGCAACAUGCAAAAGGAGCUGAUAGUAAUUGCAGCUGAAAACUCUUUCACUGACACAGAAAGGGUUGCUGUUUAAAACAGCAAAGAAACCCUGACAAGUACUUUAUUAUGAUGGCCAUUUAGGUAUUGCUUCUGUUUAACCAAACCUUAAAAAGCUGUCAGCAGGCAAGCAAAACAUGUGAUUUACAUCGCCUACAUAUAUCUUUAACGUGAACAUACUUAAAGUGGCUCGCUUAUUUUGCAAAGAUUCCAAAUGGUGACUGGUCCACUUGCUGUACAGUGGACUGUGAGUGCAAAUGAAAGUCGUUUUUACUUACCUGAAACGGUCCUACGUGGACACCACUAUCUCCUGCAAAUGUAGAAUUCCUGACAAUUCUCACUACAGUAUAUAACCCAGCAAAUGCAUUUUCCUACCAUAGUUCCAUACCUCCAAACAUUUGAAAUGGGCAAAGUAAGACACUAUAAUAUUAGGAAUGUGAGUGGGGGUGUAGCCAUAGGCGAGCUGUUCUGAGAAAUGUUAGGUGACUUACUAAUAAUAAAAUGUCAACUAAAAUGUCAUUUGGAACAGGAGCAAUGCAUAUUAUUUACACAGACUGAUUUCUAAACAUAUUCUUGUUUAAAGACACAUUCCUGUGGGUAUUGUUUCUGUGGAGUUUAUACACUCAGACACAUAGGCGUGCGCACGGGGUGUGCCGGGUGUGCCGUGCCUAUGGUUUGAGUCCUGCAGGAACAGCGUUCCUGCACUUUUUUUUGAGCAGGAACGCUGUUCCUGCAGGCACUCAGCGCCCCCUGUCUCACCUCUUGCCCCUGUCAUGGGGAGGGCAAGAGGUGAUGGAUACCCCCCUCUCUGCAUCUCAGCCGCGGCGAGGGAGCUGUCUGAUGUCAUAUUCCGGCUCCCAGCUACAGUAGACAGCCCGCGCGUCGAGAGGUAGCAGAGAGCAGUCAGCUCCCUCGCCGCAGCUGAGAUGCAGACAGGCGCCCGCCCCACUGGACCCCAGGGAAAAGUCCACGCCAGCACUCCAGGUAGGGAGGCUGGGUGGACAUUUUAUUAUUAAAAUAUAAUAAUUUGUAUGUGUGUGUGUGUGUGUGUCUGUGUGUGUGAAUGUGUAUGUGAAUGUGUGAGUGUGUGUAUGUGAGUGUAUGUGUGUGUGUCUGAAUGUGUCUGUGAGUGUGUGUGUGUGUGUACGCUGCAUAUAUAUAUAUAUAUAUAUAUAUAUGCACACACACGUGUAUAUUAUUUUUUUUGGGGGGUGGGAAUCCCGAUCUCCCCUGUCAGCUCACACAGAGCCGGCGGGGAGACCAAAUAUCUACCUCACCGGCCCACAGCAGCAUGAAGGGAGGCAGGAGAGGACCCAGGGAGCUCUAGACAGAAGCUCCGCCAGGUUCCUCUUGCGUUAUCUGAGCGUUGCUGUGGCAACGCUCAGAUCUCGCGAGAGUUAACUCUAGCCCCGCAGGCUAGAGCUCACUCUCCACUGGACCACCAGGGAUGGCACAUGGCAGCAAGGAUUUACUAAUCUGCCCCCACCUCCACAAUCCCUCCAAACAUACAGCACCUACACACAUACAGCUCACACACACACAGUACACUAACCGCACCCUCAUAAACAUACACAGCACCUUUAAAAAAAACACAACACCCUCACAAACACACACACACAAAGAGCAUCCUCACAAAUACACGACACUCACACAAACAGCACCCUCACAGGACAAACACACACACACAAACAACCUCACACACAAACAGCACAGUCACAAACACACACAAACACCGUCACAUCACACUAACAGCACCCUCACACACACAUCACACUAACAGCACACAGCACCCUCACACAGCACACUAACAGCACACACAGCAGUGUAUGUGUGUGUGUGUGUGUAUGUAUAUAUAUAUAUAUAUAUAUAUGCAAUAGGCUGCGCACGCCUAUGCUCAGACAUACCUAUACUACUGUAACUCCUACAAAAGAGGAACAUCAAAAUAGAAAAGGGAUAAGGGGGACUUGGGCCCAACCUAUGGACUGCCUCUCUUAAAUAGGUACACUUGGAAAGUAUGCAUUUCAACAUGUUUUUGCUUUUCUUUUUUUUCGUGGAAAAAUACUUGAAUUUUCCUCCAAUCUAUCUAAGCUGUCCCAUCACUAAUCAGCAUGUGACUCAAAGUGUUACUGCCCUUCAAAAAAAUAUCUGUGAGUUGUAAAUUCUCUGGUUUGUAACUAGAGCUUAAUUAGCUAUUCAGUAACCAAGGUGGUUGCAUAUGGCCCGGGCUCAGCUGGCCCCUUUUGAGUCAGCAAGGAUAUCAAAAGAUUUUCUUCCACAGCCUUGCACUGCCUCACUUCAAUGAGGUUGUGUGGUCUGUACCAAUACUAGGUACAGGCCACUUUCACACACAAAACUUGUUCAACACACACCGCUCACAGAAGCAGUGUCAAUGGCUCUUGGAGGCCCUGGGCAACCUUAGUCUUGCUCUGCUUGUAAACCACAUCCACAUCAGCAUGCUGAACCCAUUAAAGCUAUUGUAUGAUCUUACUGGAAAGUAUUGCUGCUUGUCCAGGUGCCCACGCAACUAAUGCUGUGGAAGCAAACGUUGUGCUCCAUUGAUGUGUUGAGGUGCUUGUUGCACAUGCCAGAAACCGGAUGCAUUAAAUCAGAUUGGAUUUCCUCAUGCUCCAGCUCCAGGAAAGCAGCUCUUAUUUAAUAUUCACAUGAUUUCCUGGCAACACAAUACUACCUUUACUCCCUUCUUAAACUGCUCUCAUUUAGCAAAUAAUCCGUUGGCAAGUCAAUUAACGUGUUUUCCUCCCCCUCCUUCCCUUGAGGGUAUAUUCUAGAGCUAAGAUUACUUGUCCUCUUUAACAUACCUCAUAUAAAAUCAAUACUGGAAAAUGACAUGGGGAGAGUGGUCUAAAAGGAUUCCUUUCAGGGAUGCAGUGCAUGAGCAGGAAAAGCACCAACUGACUUUAGGUGGCUGCCUGGAGCCAGGGCCGGACUGGCCUACCGGGAAAUUUCCUGGUGGGCUGCUGCACCUUGGGCUGACCGACAGCCUUAAUUAUCAUGCUCCUGUAAUCUAAGUAUUUUCCUCUCUGACUGUACCAGCAUGUGUCAGUCCGAGGGGAGUAAAGAGGGAGGAGCUAAGAGGCUGGUGCGGCCGGAGGGAGACCUGUCAGUUUCCCUUCGAAAUGUACAGCAAUUUUGGCCACAAGCCCCGCCCUCACAUGCAAGUUCCGCUUCCUGUACACAAACCCUGUUCCCACGCACUUUGCUGGCAAAAUGGCAAUUUCACCUGACAGUGCCAGGUAAGCUUCAACCAUGACCUUUAUUGUGUGCCUGCUACUGAGAGUUUGUGUGUGCAUCUGCUACUGAGAGUUUGAGAGAGCUUGUGUGUGUGUGCGCCUGCUAGUGAGCGAGCUUGUGUGUGUGUGCGCCUGCUAGUGAGAGCUUGUGUGUGUGUGCCCCUGCUAGUGAGAGAACUUUUGUGUGUGUGCGCGCCUGCUAGUGAGAGAGCUUUUGUGUGUAUGUGUGUGCGCCUGCUAGUGAGAGCUUUUGUGUGUAUGUGUGUGCACCUGCUAGUGAAAGCUUGUGUGUGUUUGUCUGUUCCUGUGCUUGCUAGUGAGAGCUUGUGUGUAUGUGUGCCUGCUAGUGAGAGUGCUUGUGUGUUUGUGUGUGCCUGCUAGUGAGAGAGCUGGUGUUUGUGUGCCUGCUUGUAAAUGUGACCGUUUGUGUGUGCCUUCUAGUGAGUGAGCUUGUGUGUGUGUGCCUGCUAGUGAGUGAGCUUGUGUGUGCGCGCGCACCUGCUAGUGAGUGAGCUUGUGUGUGUACGUGUGUCAUUGGUUAUAGCUCUACUAAUCGGUGCAUACCGCUCAUGAAUUCUUUCAGAUUGUUUUUAAACAGUUUGAUAAAGCCUGGGGUUCUCCACUGCAAAUAUAAUCAGAUUCCUCUAACGCAAGGUUUUAGAAACAUAGAAACAUAGAAUGUGACGGCAGAUAAGAACCAUUCGGCCCAUCUAGUCUGCCCAAUUUUCUAAAUACUUUCAUUAGUCCCUAGCCUUAUCUUAUAGUUAGGAUAGCCUUAUGCCUAUCCCACGCAUGCUUAAACUCCUUUACUGUGUUAACCUCUACCACUUCAGCUGGAAGGCUAUUCCAUGCAUCCACUACCCUCUCAGUAAAGUAAUACUUCCUGAUAUUAUUUUUAAACCUUUGUCCCUCUAAUUUAAGACUAUGUCCUCUUGUUGUGGUAGUUUUUCUUCUUUUAAAUAUAGUCUCCUCCUUUACUGUGUUGAUUCCCUUUAUAUAUUUAAAUGUUUCUAUCAUAUCCCCCCUGUCUCGUCUUUCCUCCAAACUAUACAUGUUAAGAUCCUUUAACCUUUCCUGGUAAGUUUUAUCCCGCAAUCCAUGAACCAGUUUAGUAGCCCUUCUCUGAACCCUCUCUAAGGUAUCAAUAUCCUUCUGAAGAUACGGUCUCCAGUACUGUGUACAAUACUCCAAGUUAGGUCUCACCAGUGUUCUGUACAAUGGCAUGAGCACUUCCCUCUUUCUACUGCUAAUACCUCUCCCUAUACAACCAAGCAUUCUGCUAGCAUUUCCUGCUGCUCUAUUACAUUGUCUGCCUACCUUUAAGUCAUCAGAAAUAAUCACCCCUAAAUCCCUUUCCUCAAUGUUGAGGUUAGGACUCUAUCAAAUAUUCUGUACUCUGCCCUUGGGUUUUUACGUCCAAGAUGCAUUAUCUUGCACUUAUCCACAUUAAAUGUCAGUUGCCACAAUUCUGACCAUUUUUCUAGUUUACCUAAAUCAUUUGCCAUUUGGCUUAUCCCUCCUGGAACAUCAACCCUGCUACAUAUCUUAGUAUCAUCAGCAAAAAGACAUACCUUACCAUCAAGACCUAGACGCAUAUCAUCAUAUCUAUUCCAGGUGUGGCAUUGUGCCAGUGACUCGUUCACAGGGAAAAGUAAGGGGUGGCCACAUAAUAUCUAGACCAUGUUUAUAUCAAACUGCUCAGAAUCUCAGUAUGCUAGUGAGUGAGCUUGUGUGUGUGUGUGUGUGUGUGUGUACAUGCUAGUGAGUGAUCUUGUGUGUGUACAUGCUAGUGAGUGAACUUGUGCGUGUGUGUGUACAUGUUAGUGAGUGAGCUUGUGUGUGCAUGCUAGUGAGUGAGCUUGUGUGUGUGUAUGUGUGUGCGCCUGUUAGUGAGUGAGCUUCUGUGUGUGUGCCUGCUAUUGAGUUAGCUGAUGUGUGUGUGACUGCUAGUGAGUAAGCUUGUGGGUGUGUGUUUUCCUGCUAGUGAGUUAGCUUGUGUGUGUGCCUGCUAGCAUGUGUGUGUCAGUGAGCUUGUCUGCAGUAGCUUUCCUGUGGGGAACGUGUGUGUCAAUGAGCUUUUCUUUAUUGAGCAUGUUUGCAUGCUUUUCUGUAGGGAGCAUGCGUGUGUCAACAAGCUUUUCUGUAGGGAGCACGUGUGUGUCAGUGAGCUUUUCUGUAGGGAGCAUGCGUGUGUCAACAAGCUUUUCUGUAGGGAGCACGUGUGUGUCAGUGAGCUUGUCUGUAGUGAGCAUUUGUGUGACAGUGAUCUUGUCUGUUGUGAGCUUGUGUGUAUCAGUGAGCAUGUGUGUGUGUCUGUUGUCUGUUGUGAGCUUGUGUAGUUUGUCUGUACUGUGUUUGUGUGUUUACCAAUACGCUUGUCUGUGUGUGUCAGUGAGCCUAUGUGUGUGCAUCUGUAAGCUUGUGUUUUUAUGUAUAUCAGUGAGAUUGUUUAGCUGUGUAUCAAUGAGCUUGUGUGUGUCAGUGAUAUUGUCUGUGUCUGCAUGUGAGUAUGCUUACUGUAUAAUUGUUUUCCUCUGAAAGGACCAAUAUUUUAUAUUAGAAAAAGAAAUAUAUAUAUAUGUGUGUGUGUGUGUGUAUAUAUAUAUAUAUAAUGUGUUUAUAUAUUACGCAAUGUUAUAUAUUACAUGUGACAAUAUAUGGCGCAAUGACUCCUGGGGCUGGCAUAGAUUUUUUUUUUUUUCCCAGGGCUGCUUUGUAUCCCCAGUCCGGCCCUGCCUGGAGCCCAAUGAUUAGACUUUGCCCCAUUCACUAUCCAUAUGUGAAGAAAGAAAGGGGGAAGGACCCAAACUGAUAACCUGUUUGGGGCCCUUUAGGAUCUUAAGUUGUCUCUUAUUACAUGGUUUCCAGCUGUCUCAACACUUAUAUUGUGUCUUUACUGGGAUUCUCAAACAAAUGCUAUAGAAAUGUGAUAGUCUGUUCUACCGUAUGGGGUACAGGGUGUCCAUAUCUUCAUGAAUGUGCAAUAAUAUGCCAUAGGCAAGAAGCUUCACAAGUAUAGAAAAGAAAACAGUCCGUUUGUCAUUCUAUAUAUGUUGGGAUUUCAAUUAAAUUCCAAAAUAUAUAUUUUAUUGAGUUGGUAUUUCAAUUAAACCCCCAUGUAAUUUAUGGGGAUCAAUGUGUUAAAGGAUCAAUGAAAUGAAGUGGUCUGAGUGCCUAUAGUGUCCCUUUAAUCGCUGUAGCGAUCGGGUCCGUUUAAUCGGAGAAAAUAUGAAUAUUUAUGUAUUUUCAAUACAAUGACCUCCAACAAUUCUUACUGCACUUUUUUUUGUGAAAACAACAAGCAUCACAACCUGGUACCCAACAAUAUUUUGGAUAAUGCUGGUUUCCCUUAUAAGAUGUGUCACCAGCACUGAUAAACAAGUAUCUAGCUACUCGCCCCGAGGAGUAGAUGUCACCAUGAUAAUGUGAGCUGGAUGCUCUUAUUGAAAGGAAUUUAGGAAUAAUAGGUAGGUGUGGGUGCAGGUUUGAUUACACAAUACAUUUUUUUUUGGAUGCCAAGAACACUGAUAUAACAAGAGAACGUAUUUAUUCAACAUAAUUUGUAGAUAGGAAGAACUGGCACUGGUCGGAACAGAAGGGUAGCUGAUAACAGCAAUAAAAGCUUUUCUGAGUAAUAAUAUCCUUCUUGAAUGAAGGACUAUUCUUCUCUACACAGCACCAAUAUGGGUGUUGGCCCAUAAUUAUGUGCGUCUCUCUUCAGCCUCUUGUUUUCAAUGGGUAGUGUGAACAGCCCCCUAACUACACCCAGGAAUGACUGAAUUUAAUGGCAGGCGGCUGUGGCAGCAUUCAAACUAAGCUGUUGCCAAUACUUUCCCUUUCUUAAGACCUACUGUAAAUUGACAGAAACCCCAGCCUGGGGAAAAAGCCUGGAGAUAAUUACCGGAUAAGGGAGGAAACACCACAGCAGCAGUGGUGUUUAGGUAACUUAUUGCUCAAAGUAAAUCUGAACAGUAAUGAAUGCAAGCUUUUCAGGUCUCGCCAUUCUCCUAUGCCGUGUUACCUGCACAAAGUUGAUACUUCAGUGGUCUUACACACCAGUUAAGCAGUUUUUGUCUGUCUGAUUUUUGUAUGUAAAUAAAUUACAAAAUUGUGGCACUAGCACAAUGUCUAACUUUUACCAAUUUUAACUACAUUUCUAAAUUAAUUAUCAAACACUUUUCUAUUCUUUCUUGUGCAAAUUACCCUAUAACUCUUUUUUUUUUUUUUCUCAUCCAAAAUCAUUAUUUAAGACCAUUUUAUAAAGAUACAUAAACAUAGACUGGCCAAGAAGAGAGGUACGAUGGAAACAGAGUGUCUCCCCGCUUGACGCGUGGAUGUAAAAUUGAGUCUGAGUAACUAUUGUACAAGUUAGAUUAUAUUUGUGGAAUGAAAUUCCAGAGUCAGUUUAGAUACCCAUUUCUCGGGUUUGUAAAGCCAUGGUUCCCCGUGCAAUGGGUCCAGGUAGUAUCUCUAUGAUAUGAUUAGGGAGAAGGAGUUAAAGAGCAAGGUAAAGAGAGAGAAGAAUUAAAGAAAGAAGAGGGAGAUGGAAAAUUUCAAGGGGAGAGAGGGUAAGUGAUUGUGGUGUAUGUGUUUGAUGUUGUCUAGGUAGAGGGACCCUAGAUAGAUAGUAUCCAGGGUGUUCAAGUGCACUCCAUUACUCUUCCUCUAAGACAAAAUUUUUUCUAUAGCCACUUAUCCUUUCACAACUGGGUUACUGUCUUAUGCACUGGUUUAUCUGAUGACCGUGCUCAACCCAUAUAAUCCAUCCUCAACUAGGAUGACAAACCAUCCUCAACAAGAAUAAUUUUCCUUUCCUCUAAAACAGCACCCACCCCUAAGCUAUGAAAUCCCCAAUUGUAGAGUACCAUACAAAAACGAAUUUAAUUGGUUCAAUACUCCUAUCUCUAUUCUUUAUUCAAUAUGUUAUACUGCACUAUAAGCCUGUAGGUUCCCAAAGGUUAGUCCAUGAUGGAUAUUUUAUUGCUACACAAACCUCUGUGGCAAUAUCUGGAUUAUUUUUUAUCGCUGCCCUUUCUCUUCUAUUGCAAUGUAAAUGUCAUUCAAACAACUUUUAAAUGUCACAUUGUGUUAAUAAACAAAGUUGGUUUACCUUACGUUUUAACAGAACAACAAGCCUGCACUUUCUCUCCUCUUCGUAGGCAUAUCUGACUUCCAUUCCCAUCCAGAUUAUAUAAUUUGCUGUGAAGUCAGCCCUAAUAAUGUAAAUAGAGGUAUAACUGUGUGGCAAGGUGACAAAAACCCACACCAGCCAUUUGGAACACUGUGACAAAAGGUAUGGUAAACACCCCUUACCAAUGCAGGAGUACUUUACUGCUAACCUUUAAUAGAGCCUUCUUUAAACUGGCUCUAGGCAUUCAGGCUCAUGUAUCUUAACUGAGACACUUCCUUCCUUGAAAACCAGACCCAGCUCAUGUACGAGGCCACAGGACUCCAAAUGCAGUAUAGUCAGAGUAAAAUAUUUAUUUAUUACAAAAAAAUAAACAGUAAAAUCAAAUUUUAAACAAAUCAAAACAAACUAAAUAGAGAGUCCUAAGGCAAUCCCAUCCAACGCGUUUCGCCAUCAUAACUGCUUUCUCCAUCAGAUGUGUACCAUUGCUUAUUCAUACUUUUUGUCUUAAAGCUCACUGAAUUGGCUGGUAUGGAUUUUUGUCACCUUGCCACACAGCUAUACUUCUGUUUGCAUGUUGAGUACAUUUUGGGUAUGUAUUUCAGCUCUAUUCAAUACUUAUAAGCACCUAUUUGCCACAGAUAUUGCUUGUUUUGAUAUCUUUAUCAUUAUGUAUUAAUUUUGUAUUACUUCCUAUCAUAGCAUCAUUGCAACUAGUCUAGUGCACUAACUGUAUAUCCAUUUUACUGUGAUAUAACCAAUAAGGUGUCAAGUAUAGCUGUCAUUGCCAAAUAAGAAGCAUAUUCACUUAUUUAUAAUAGAUAAAACCAGAAGUCCCAAACAUCCCGAUUUCUUCAGGGCAGCCGAUUAUCGGUUCCAACUUUGUUCCACCAGUUACACCAAGUAACUGUCCUCAGCAAGCGCAGAGUGAGCGAGUCGUUAGACAAGCACUUACUAUGCUCAGGGCAUUAGGGCCUGCCAGAGAACUUUGAAAUUGUGCUCCUGCAUGUCCUACCCUCAGUGGGCCAGCCUGGAUGAUGGACAGGCAGCCUGUCAUGCAGUCAUGCCAGGCUGACCUGCCAAUCAUUUGGGUGGACUCGCCCUCUUUCUGGUUUUACCUAUUUAAAAAGACUGCGAUAGCACAAUGUUUUUAUAUGAACAAUGGCUGAAUAAUUUGAUAAAUUACAAGAAAAGCAAUCCUCCUUGGAUAAUAUAAGCUCAUCUCAGAUAAGACAAGAACAUUUUAGUACAAGGGAUAAGGAACUAAAAAUAUAAUGUGGAUUAUACUCUUUUCCUUAAAGGACCACUAUAGGCACCCAGACCACUUCAGCUUAAUGAAGUGGUCUGGGUGCCUGGUCCAGCUAGGGUUAACAAUUUUUUUUUUAUAAACAUAGCAGUUUCAGAGAAACUGCUAUGUUUAUGAAUAGGUUAAUCCAGCCUCUAAAGCCUCUAGUGGCUGUCUCAUUGACAGCCGCUAGAGGCGUUUGCGUGCUUCUCACUGUGAAAAUCACAAUGAGAAGACGCAAGCGUCCAUAGGAAAACAUUAUGAGACUGGCUGAAUGCGCGCGCAGCUGCUGCCGCGCAUGCGCAUUCAGCCGAAGAGGAGGAGAGGAGGCGGAGAGGAGGAGGAGAGCUCCCAGCCCGGUGCUGGAGAAAGAGGUAAGUUUAACCCCUUCCUCUCCAUCCAGCCCGGUGGGAGGGGGACCCGGAGGGUGGGGGCACCCUCAGGGCACUAUAGUGCCAGGAAAACAAGUAUGUUUUCCUGGCACUAUAGUGGUCCUUUAAGUUACUUUUCCCUGCUGAAAAUUAUUUUUUCAAAACAUGAAUCCCCAUAGAAAGGCUGAUCGAACUUGGAAUCCAACAUUGUGUGUCUGCAUUCCAACCUCACAAGUUUCUUGAAUAUGGUGAGACAGUUUGGCUUUGAUACUCCUGUCGUACUCCUUUUGCUUUUCAUAGGCACCAGAGGCAAUCAACAAUGAAAUUUAAAAGGACUAUAAUCACUGAAAGAAUUUUAGCUUAAUGGCGUGGUUUUGGUGUAUAGAUCAUGCCCCUGCAGUCUAACUGCUCGUUUAACAGAGCAGGAGAUAACUUGCAAGUAAACACACUGUGCUGUCGCAUCCGAUUAAAAAUGUUUUCAAGUAGCUGUGUGAAUCACAGUUUUAGUGCUUAGAGUAUAAUUUUAAGUGUAUCAAUGAAUGUACUCAAAGCAGCACUGGAUCUUUUUCAUGUGCUCUGCUCAUGCAAAAGUACUUCUACAGUACUGUUAAUGCAACCCUGCUUAGCGGGCAAGUUGCAUAUCAAGCUCUGAAGACUAUUCGCCCCACUUGUUCACUGACAUUUUCCCUCCAUAUAACAGUACCCCCACCCUCUCAUUUCACAAGUUGUCUUGCACAUUAUAUCUCCAAAUCUCAUACUUUUUUUUUGUCUCAUGCUUAUUUUUAGUUUGAAAAGAAAAAAUGAUUUCUUUAAUUUGUAGCACUGUAACUGAAAGCUGGUGCCUUACUUUUCGCUUUAUUUCUUGUUUUGUUCAGUCUACCAAAAUAUUAAUCCACCAAAGUCAAAGAUUAUAUGUUAAGGUGGAACUUGCCUGUUAGCUAGUUUUGAUUACCUUCACCAAAAGAGAAGGACAAAUGUAGAUAACUAGGUAUUAUAUCCUGCUGAUGAGCUCUGGUCAAUCUCGAAAAGAACAGGCCUUCAAUAAAUGUAUCUAAAUGGGAUUCUGCAUGACCAUUUCCAUCUCCGUUAUUGAUGUGUUCUUUUUGUUUUUCAGAUUUUUAAUAGAUAAAUCAGGAUAACUUUGAAUAACAUUAAUUUGGAUAACAUUUUCUGUUGAAAUAUGAAGACAAAAACUAGAGCAGGUAGGAGAAGACUGGAAGCUGACCAGGACGAGGAAAGUCAGGGCCAUCAAACGUCAAGUGAGGAAGACACUGGUCUAUUGUACAAGGAAAAUGGCAAAAGCAAAAAUCAAGAUUCUGUAAAAAGUAAAAGGAGAAAACAGUCAUCCAGUGGGAAGGAGCACAGUGUCCGCAGACUAGAGAGCAACGAACGAGAGCGGCAGAGGAUGCACAAACUUAAUAAUGCAUUUCAAGCUUUAAGAGAAGUCAUCCCUCAUGUCAGAGCAGAGAAGAAAUUAUCCAAAAUUGAAACACUUACACUGGCAAAAAAUUAUAUAAACACUUUGACGGCUACUAUAAUAAACAUGACCAGUGGAUCGUUGCCCACAACUCAGGGAACUGGCACAGACAUUGGAGGCAAAUUCUAUCAGCAUUACCAGCAACAACAUGGAGAGGAGGACAACGAUGAACAUUUGAAAAAGUACUCUACACAAAUUCACAGCUUCCGACAAGGUAGCUGAUAUAAAACCACCUGGUUUUGACUUUCCUUUUUUUUUCCUUUUUCUUUGAGAUGGGCAUGAAUACGAAGGGACAUACUUCAAAAAUGUAUAUUAUACUCCUGUUUUUACCAAUCAGUGAAACAUUAAAUUGCCGUUGGAUGUAAAGCAUAUUUUAGAAAAUGUAAAUAACUUAGGUUAAUUAGAGUUGGACAAUCGUAUUGGAAAUUGUGAUUAGGCUGAUUUGAUAUGCUUCUCAAACCAGUUUCCAUAGAAUAACAAUCAAUAAUUUAGAGACUACCCCCACUCUAUUCUAAACGCUAAAUGAGUAAAAUGUGGACAGUUGGUGGUUUUGAGAACUGAUUUGAGAAGCACUGUUUUGGAGAACAAUUCUGCAAAUUAAUAUUACAUUAAAUUGUGAAGAUUACAUAGAAAUCUGAGGGCAGUUAUUGCUUUUUUAAUUCAAGAGGAUUGUAUAUAUAAAAAUAAUCUAGUAUUGUCAGAAUGUAAAAUAUUUUAGAUUGAAGAUGUAGGCUUUUUAAUAUUUGUAAGAUCUGGAGGCACAGUUUGUCAGUGCUCAAUUAAAGAAGGGGAAGCAAUGAGCAGGAUUUGAGGGUAGAACAAAAAUGCUUCCCCCCAGCUCAUGCUCAUCUUGUGAAAAAGUAUUUUUACAUUUAAAUAUUUUAAUUGGGAACUGGCAGGAAGAGAGUAAUGUAGGUAUUUUUAACCUUUGAGUUUUCCUUAAUUGGUUUAUAUUCAGGACCUCAACUUUUUAAAAUUAAAUAAAAAUAAGAGAAAAAAAAAUCCUUUAAACUCACCUGUCCCCUCACAGCAGUCACUCCGCCUCUGAUGAGAUCAUCAUGCUUGAUGAUAUCUGUCCAAUCCAAUACUUUUAAUUGAGACCAUCUCAAAAAUGGCAGUUUUGCAUUUCCCAAGAAAAGUAACAAUGUCUCAGUAUUAAAACCACUAUAAUAAAAUGCAGUGGUUUGGGAGCUUAGCAUGUCCCUUUCUUAAUAUUGAAUUUAUAAGAAAAAUAAAGCAAGCUUUUUCGAGACGCUCAGCAUUGCACACAAUAGCUGGGCAGAAAGCCACAUACAGUCAGGUCCAUAAAUAUUGGGACAUCAACACAAUUCUAAUCUUUUUGGCUCUAUACACCACCACAAU